GCCCACAGGCCUGCUCAGAGGCUCCAGCACUGGGGAGCCCAAGCCCUUCCUGCUCCCCCUUCCCCCACCAUGUGCUCUGGCUUUGGCUAUUAAGCUGGGGCACUGUCUGCCCCCCUGCACUCUGCCCGUGGGCCUGAUGAGGCUCCUGUGGCUGGUGAAGGGCAUCGGCAGAGCCCGGAUUCCAGGUCUGGGGGAGGAUUCAAGAUGGCGGAUUAGAGGAAGCCUGCAUUCCUAGUCACUCCAAGGCUCAGGAUUCAAGCAGCAGGAUUACUGUUUCUCAAUGAGUCCCUGUCCGUGUGCUGGAGCUGAGCGAGAGUCACCCUGCCAAUGGGGAGUAGACAGUCCACUGUCGUGGCUGAGGCAUGCCCCAGCCAAAUAUCACCUGGUCUACCUGCAGAGACCUCAAAAGGUGUCCUCGAGAGCUGCCGCCUAUACGGCUCAGGAACAGUUCCGAGGAGGAAAGCCAGUUGGAGACUAAUGUGACAUACUGCACCACAUGGAUCAGCCGCUGUCCGUGUGCUGUAUGUUGUACAACCCGCUGGGCUAGGAUGUUCAGGAGGUUACCGUGGUGCCACAUUGUGAGUCUCCCCAGCUCAUCCCCACCUUGACCCUGCCAUACUUGGGGACCAAGCCCAUGCCCCCUCAGUGGGCCAAGUCAGCAUACCCCUAGGUACACAGGAGCUUUGUGAAAUCCAUCAGAAUAUAUUUCUCUGCAGCAUACACAGUACAUAAUGGGCACAUGUGUACAAACAUGAGUGUAGAAACCAUGGUUUGAGCAGUGCAGUCUGCUUCUACAGAGAGAAUGUAAGCUGGAUGGUGGAACUUGAGCAGGCCUGAUCCCAGGACACAGGUGCAAACUUUCUGUGUGUAGAUUUGUACUUUGGGCUGAAGAAUGCCUAAUCCCAGAUACACAAAUAAAGGUAGUGUAUAUGUCUGUAAGCAUGUGUUCAAGCAUGCAUGAAGCUUGUCGCUGUGUGUAAACCCACAGAAUAUAUGUUUAUAAGCCAUGAACAUAAACAUGCCCAACUUCCAGGCUCAUGUAUAAAUCCCCAUACAUGGAUACAAAUAAUACAUGUGCAAUUCCUAUUAUAGUGCGUGUCUGUAAGCAUAUCAUUGCAGCAUACCAUUCUUGAAAAAUGUGCAAGCACAAUACUUGAACACACUGUACAGUGCAUAUAUCUUAUAAGGGACACCUACAUGCAUAAAUCUAUGCAUAUGAGCAGUCCUAGCAGUGCACAGAUGUGUUUGCAUGUCUAGCUGCCCAUUUUUGUGUGUGCAUGCAUUUGUAUGAAUGCAAUUCAUUCAUUUCCUCUUUAUCUUAUUCUAUGAAUAGUUACAGGGACUCAAGUUCUCGAGGCCAAUGGACCAGCCUUGAUGCCUUCCUAAUGCCUAUAGUCCAAAAACCAGGGGACAACGUGGUGGGACUAAGCACCUUUCUCCUGGCCACCCUGAGGAGAAAGACUGAGGGAGAAGUGGUCAGCUAUGGGAUUGAGGUAGUAUCUUGGGAAAAAGUCCUAUAGGUCAAACCUGAAAGAUGAAUUUAAGUUAACCUGGUGAGGAAGAGUGUUCCAGUCAGAGGAAUGGCCUGUGCGAGCAGGGUGGGUUCUAAGAAUGUAAAGGAAUGCAAGCUGCCAGGAGCAUGCAGUGUGUGAACGCAGGGUGAGCAGUAUUUACCCCUUGAUUAUCAAGAGGCACUCCCCAAACACCCAGACCCCAAAAUACUGACAAUAAUGUUUAAUAUGGGUUAUGAUCUAUGCAAGACCUGGGUGUCCCUAGCCAAGAGACACCCAGCUACCUACCAUGGCUACCUACCUCCUGCUCCAGCACCAGAAAAGCCAGGGGUACGGCUUCAUGUUCCAGAGGAAGCCUGUGCCUCCCAUGGUUAAGCCUCACCCAUGCCCCCUGGAUCCUUCCCAUUCCCCUGUCCUCCCAAUAAGGAGACCCAGUGAGCCUGCCCUUCGCACCUUCUCCUUGCCCUGUGAGCUUCCUCUGCCUGAGGAGGCUAAACGCUUAGGGCAGAAGCAUAUCAGGAGGGCCAGCCAGCCGCCUAUUCACUUCCACUUCCCGCCUACAAGAACCCCCACACCUGGGUUAGCCUCCCAGUCUGACUCUGGGCAACUCCACGCCAGCAGAAAGCUCUGGAAGCAGGUAACUAGGGGGAUUGCUACCUGUGUCCGACAACUGUGCUGUUGCAUACCACGUGUCAGCAAUGGGGUGGCUCCAAUGUAAGAGGGCAGAACCCUGCCAGAUUCAUGAAGUGUGGCUCCAAUGAAGGGGAGAGCUGACCAGACAAUAUCAGGGGGCAGCCAGAGGACCCUGUUCUCUGUGGAUCCUGACACCUUGCUUGGGCCUCAGUCAUAUGGACUCUGAACAGCUGCAGGAGAAGAUGUGCCAACCACCUCAGGUUCCUCUGCAUGGGUUCCAGCCCAGAGCACUUCUGCAUCCACCUGGACAUCAGGAGUCUCCUCUGCCCCCACCUGCAGAAGACAUCAGAGACGGCUCCCCUGGGACACUCCCCCUGCCCUGCUCCUCUGUCCUUUCCCCCAUUCUCCUGAGGUGUUUCUUAAUAGUUUUUUUUUUCAAACAAAGUGUGUAGUAAAAUCAUAGUUAUAUAAAAAAAUCCUUAUGAUCUAUAAAGGAAAAUAGAUUUUGAUAAAUUAGACUUAAUUAAAAUUUAAUGUUUCUAUUCUUGGAAGGAGGUGAUUAAAAGUCAAACCAUAGAGCAGUACAAAAUAUAUUUUCAUGUAUCUUAUAAAAGACUUACAGCCAGAAUAUGUAAAGAAAUCUUAAAAUUCAAUAAAAUAAUAAUUCAAUAAAUAUGGGAAAACCUUUUGAAUGAAGAUGACAUACUGAUGGUGAAUAUGUACAUCAAUAGAUCUUCAACAUCAGAGAUCAAUCUAAGAUGGCGACUGUGGAACCAGAAACCACCCCUACUCCUAAUCCCCCACCUACAGAAGAGGAAAAACAGAAUCUAAUCAGGAGGUUGCUAACCCAGAGCACUAUAUAAAACAUCCUCUACAGAACAGAUGGGCACUCUGGUUUUUUAAAAAUGAUAAAAGUAAAACUUGGCAAGCAAACCUUCAACUGAUCUCUAAGUUUGAUACUGUUGAAGACUUUUGGGCUCUAUACAACUAGAUCCAGUUGUCUAGUAAUUUAAUGCCUGGCUGUGACUACUCAUUUUUUAAGGAUGGUAUUGAGCCUAUGUGGGAAGAUGAGAAAAACAAAUGGGGCGGAAGAUGGCUCAUUACAUUGAAAAAACAGCAGAGACGAAGUAACCUUGAUCGUUUUUGGCUAGAGACACUGCUGUGCCUUAUGGGAGAAUCUUUUGAUGACUACAGUGAUGAUGUGUAUGGAGCUGUUGUUAAUGUUAGAGCUAAAGGUGAUAAGAUAGCAAUAUGGGCUACUGCAUGUGAAAACAGAGAGGCUGUUACACAUAUAGGGAGAGUAUACAAGGAAAGGUUAGGACUUCCUCCAAAGAUGGUGAUUAGUUAUCAGUCCCAUGCAGACACAGCUACUAAGAGCGGCUCCACCACUAAAAAUAGGUUUGUUGUUUAAGAAGACACCUUCUGAGUAUUCUCAUAGGAGACUGCGUCAAGCAAUCGAGAUUUGGGAGCUGAACCAAAGCCUCUUCAAAAGCAGAGUGGACUGCAUUUAAAUUUGAUUCCAUCUCAGUGUUACUCAGAUAUAAGAGAAGUCUCAUUCGCCUUUGUCUUGUACUUCUGUGUUCAUUUUUUUUAAAAAAAAUUUAUUAUAGUGUCCACUAUCCCAAUCAAAGAAUUACAGUCCACAUCAUCCCCAGAAUCCAUAAAUGUGUUCCUGGCCCACUCUGUAUUAGCUUCGUAGAAUUACCAUUACAAACAAGUUUUACCCAUCCACAAUAUUCAAAAGAACUUGUGUUUCUAUACCUUAAUAGGAAAAAAAUUGAGCUUAUGUUCCAUUGUAUGCAGGGGCAUAUUUUGCUGGUUUGAAAGAGUAUGAUGCAUACAGUUUUCUAGCAAUUUUCUUUGUUUCUUUUGACAGCAUUAUCUUUGCUGUACUCUUGCUGAUGGCUGCUAGGUUUUAAUUUAUUUGUUUCCCUAUUGAUAACAUUAGUGAUUCUGAUUUCAGUUUUCCAUUUGUUUUGCUUUUGUUUUUUCCUCAUGUAACAUUGGUGAAGGAUCCAGGAA